GCAGAGCGCUGCGCUGAAGCGCUUGUACUCGGGCCAGUGCGCGCUAUCCAAGGCCGUUGCGAUCGAUUCCGGACCUCCACACAUCAGAUGAUGACGCCCAUGCAACAGAAUGACCGAUAGCAUGCGCCACAACGAUCUCUCCGAGCCGCUGCUCGCGGCCGAGGAGGCCGUACGGGCCGAACCGCAGCAGGCCAAGGCCAAGAAAUGGCCCAUCGCGCGCACAUUACUCGCCGCAGCGAUAGCGCACCUCUCGAUCGCCGCGUGGCAGCUCGGUUUCCAGUGGCCGCCGCAUGUCAGGGCGUGCACACACCAGAUUUGCGGAGGCCUCAUUUGCGCGACCGUUGCCCUGUCCAUCCUCAUCAGCUGGCUCCUCGCCGAGCUCUACACCAUUGAACGGACCGGUUCACCGGAGGACCGCGCCGGCGUCGUGGCCACCUACACGUUCUGGUGGGUCACGCCGACGCUACGACGAGCCAACGCUUUGCAUAAAUUACGACCCGACGACCUUCCCCAAUUACCGACCCAUGAUCGCGCGUCAUUUCUCAAAAAACGGUUUUGUGAAGUGUGGCUCGACGUUUCUAACAAGAGAAGCCUCCUCGUCACGUUACUGUAUAGCAUCCAGAAACGAGUAUUAGUGAAGACACUCUUACAUGGGUGGGCCUUUCUGGGACUGAUGUUCUUAGAUCCUCUUAUCCUAAAAAAGCUCUUAGAUGCCGCUGAUAAUCAAAAACAAACGGAAAGGAACUACGGCUACGCUUUAUUCUUGGCAGUCUCAAUGUUCCUGCGCGUCUCGUGCAUGGAGGUCUGCUUCUUUGGCUCCGUAAGAGUGAUGAACAACGCGCGCACAGCUAUUGGACCAGCCGUGUUCGCGAAAGCGUUAAGACACGAAACAGACAUGGACAGUGGCGCACUCACGAAUCUGAUGGCGACCGACGCCGAUAAGCUAGGAAGGUGGACGUGGACGGUCUUCUUUCUGGCCCAGUGGAGCUUUGCAGUUGUCUCUUUACCUGCUGUCGUGUACUGCAUGUAUUCGUUGCUCGGAAACGCGGCCCUCUGCGGCGCAGGUACGUUGUUGGUGACGAACCAUUUAUCGAUGUUGCUUGCGAGACGGACCAAACCUAUCGUCGCUAGACUGCAGGAAGCGAGGGAUAAGCGCGCGUCGUUAGUGAGUGAGUGCGUCGCGUCGGCUCGGUUACUGAAACUGCGAGGCUGGAUCGACGACGCCAAGGACCAGAUCGACGACGCCCGUAACAUAGAGAUGCGCCAUCUCGUAUCAAUAAGGCUCUUGGACGCCGCAAAUAUUUUAUUAGGCUCGUUGUCGGGCCUGGCCGUGCCCGCGUCGAUCUUCUCCUAUUAUACUGUUGUGGAUCAUAAAAUACUAACCCCGGCUGUCGCGUUCGCCGCCUUGGCGUGGAUCCAGCAGAUGCGGUGGUCCGUGACUCGGCGUCCCGCGGUGCUGUGGCGCCUUCACGCCAUCGACGCGCGUCGUCUUUGUUCGGACCGAGUCGAGGGACCACGACGCUCCACGCAUGACGUGGUCGCCGUGACGGCGUCGCCGCGAUGCCGCACCGCCGCGACGCCGUCGUUCGACACAGGUCCAUUAACACUUUACCCGACAUCUACAACUUGUGGGCCGCCCUCCAGCCGUCCUGCGAGCGGCUGGGGCGUUUCCUCUCAUCGGAACAUGUCGAGGAGGACGAGGACGCGUCUCAAGUAUGUCGUUUCGUGGGUACGGUAAGGUAUGCCGAGGUUACUGUAGACAUCGCAUGUGACAAGGGCGACUUGGUGGUGAUAACGGGACCGGUGGGAAGCGGCAAGUCGACACUGUUAGCUACGUUGGCGCGGGCGUUACGUCCAUUAACUGGUCAAGUUGUCGCGUCUGACCAGAGAGCUUAUGUAGCCCAACGGCCGUUCCUGUCUGAAGGUUCAAUUGAGGAGAACAUUCUGUUCGGGUUGGCACGAGACGACGAGCGAUUGAGGGAUGCCGUGCGACGAGCGCAACUGUCGAAGGAUUUGGAGGCCUUGCCUUGUGGGUUGGAGGCACGAGUCGGCCCGGCCGGCGUCCAGUUGUCCGGAGGCCAACGAGCUCGAGUGGCACUAGCGCGCGCGUUGUACGCGAAACCGUCUUUAUGCAUCUUAGACGACGUGCUCAGUGCUGUGGAUGCGCACACGGGCAGCGCGAUCUGGUCCGACGCGAUCGUCCAUCUUCGUGAAGAGGGCUGCUGCGUCGUCCUCGCGACGCACCAGCUGCACUACGCGUCUCGUUCUGAAGUUUCUCGCGUCAUUUCCUUAGGUGAGUGUAGUGUACCUCGGGAGACGAACGGCCACGCGACUACAUCUGUGGUCGACGAAGAAGAAGAGGUAGAGGAACACCCGCCCUUGCAAGACGUCGAGAAGGCCUUGCGAGCGGCGUUAUUCGAUCGCCACGGGCAAGUGGUGGACGCUCAUUUUGUGGAAGACGUCAUAGCUACUCUCCGAGGGUCGAGGGUCGAAGAGCGCCGAAGGGAAGGCUUUAUUGCUUGGAGCGACUUCCGCAUGUACCUGGACGCCUUUGGUACACACGGAAAAGUCAUCUUGCUGCUCCUACUGGCUCUGUCGGGCUGCGGCCUCGGGGUCGCCGCGAACGUGUGGCUGUCCGACUGGGCCGACGGCGCGAUCUCGGCGUCCCGUCGUGUUGCGGUGUCUUCACUUUGUUGAUGUGACUCGUGUGCAUCUCACCAUGAAGUGGGUGGUUUCUUUUUCGAAUUUGGGGCCGUUCGGACCGUUUCCAGUGAAUACGAUGCUCCGCGCAGGCGGCGGAUCUCGUUCGAAACAGCUACAUGGAUUAGUUACGUAUGUGCUCAUCGGGGGCGUCCAAGCUGUUGUCCUAGCCCUACAAACGAUCAUACUGACGUUGUGCGCCUUGGACGCCUCAAAAAGUUUACAUGAGAAGAUGCUCACAGCAGUAAUCUCCACGUCCAUGGCUUUCUUCGAUUCCACACCAAUCGGCAACGUCCUGAACCGCUUUUUACAGGACCUGGCGAACGUCGACAUGGACGUUCCGACCUGUGUGGAAAUCAUCCAGUGAGUUAGGUUAUCGUGGAGACUUCGUCGACUCCACGCCAUCGAGCAGACGCAGCUACGGAGACAACAUCGCGUCGAUGGCGUGGGGUGCCCGAAAUUUGAUUUCUACACAGGUCCCCACCACAACGCUAGACCAGUUGACCCGGACCCUAGACGUGACGUCGCAGCUAGGAUUGGUCUUGUUCUUCGCGCCCUUCGUGGCGCUGUCUCUACCAUUGAUCCUAAUCCCGUACGUGUUCAUCUUCCGGACGGUGAGGAUCGCGGCGAGGGACGCUCGCAGAUUAGAGGCCGAGGCCCACGGUCCCUGCUACGCCCAUUUCCACGAUUGUAUAAGAGGGCGAGGUACGAUCCGAGCCUUUGGCGCCGUUUCGAGGUUCGAACGACAGAACGAAGCCUUGACGAAUCGCAUGGCGACCGGCCGCUACGCGAACGAGGCGGUUUGCAAAUGGAGUCAAGCGUGCGAUCUCGGCGUCCCGUUGUGUAGAGACGCCUUCACGCCAUCGAAGCGACUCGUGUCCAUCAGACGAGGUCGUGGGUCGUUUCUUUUCCGAGUUUGAGGCCAUUCGGACCGCUUUGACGGAAAUGCUCCGCGCAGGCUGACGACGCAGAACGGCUGCGUGCUGUAUCUGGGCGCGGGGUUGCUGGGCGUCUACCUCGUGUCGCGCGGUCGCAUGACGACGGGGCAGCUCGGCUUGGUGUUGCUCUACUCGGCCUCGCUGCAGCGCGCGGCGAUGGACUACAUGACCGGUGCGACCUCGGCGUUUUGAAGUGUUCCUUCACUUGAUGAGACUCGUAUCAUGUUGUGGGUGGUCUCUUUUUCGAGUUUGAGGCCGUUCCGCGCAGGCCUCGCAACCCUGGAAGCGCAGUUUGUGUCUGUGGAGCGCGUGGCGCAGUACUGCCGGUUACAUCCCGAACGGACGGAAGGAGAUGAGUACGAAGGGUCAGAACCGUGCGCGUUGGAGGUGCGUCACCUAAAGUUGCGCUAUCGGCUAGAACGGCCGCUCGCUUUGAGGGGCGUCUCGUUCUCCGUAUCAAAGGGUGAAAAAGUGGCCAUCUGCGGGCGCACCGGCUCGGGCAAAUCAUCCUUAGUGCAGUGUCUCGCGCGGUUGUACGAGUUCGACGGUGCGAUCCGAGUCGACGGCAUCGACGUCUCCGGCCUCUCGUUACGUGCAUUGAGGUCAUUGGUGCGGGUCGUCCAGCAGGACGCGACGCUCCGAGCCGAUACCUUACGGAGGAACUUGGUCGGACCAUCAAAUAUAAAUGAUGAUAUAAUAUGGGCCGCUUUACGACUUGUCGGGGCGGCGGCCUGCGUGUCGCGGUGUGGAGGUUUGGAUUUUGAGGUGAGGGAGGGCGGCGCCGACUUCAGUUCGGGGGAGAGACAGCUCCUCGCGCUGGCUCGGGCGUUGUUGCCGGCGCCGCCUUCCCUAUUAGUCGCGGACGAGUGUUCGUCAAAUGUGGACGAGGUCGCUGACUCGAGAGUGCACGACGUGCUGCUGGGGUUGGACGCCACCGUGCUGGCCAUCUGCCACCGGUUGCGGCACGUUUCGAGGUUUGAUUCUUGUAUAGUGAUGGACCGCGGUGUGGUCGUGGAGCGCGGGGCAUCUGUCGAUUUGUUGGCGGAUCCGUCGAGUCGUCUCGCGGCGCUCGUCGCGCGGCAGGCUAGUUCUUCUUCGGGGUAAGUGUUGUUCGUGGUUGUA